AUGAUUAAUGUGAUGUACGAGGUACUUGCUUCCUGUGUCGAUCGGGAGCGGGGCUGUCAGGAGGAUGAGCCAGCUGACCGUGGCAACGUGGUACAGGAGGCCAUUCAAUGUGGAGGGGAGCAAAAAGAAGAUAAUGGCUCUUAUGAAGUGUUGUAUGAACGGGCCAGAUUUACUAACUUGCUUCAGCGGCUGGAAGGUAUCAGCUUUUCAAUUGAUAAGGAUCGUAAUGGAAUUAGAAAGCAAAUACAUAAAGAAUUUGAGAAAAUUAACCAGUCUCUUCAGAACAGGAAAGAAAACUUGUUGAAUGAGUUAGAAUUCCUGGUACAACAGCACCUGAAAGGGAUUGCUAAACUCCAAAAUGUGCUCAAAGAGAAGAUUAAUGGCUUAGACUCUGCCAUAAAAAAUUUAGAGCAGUCCAAAUCGAAACGUCUCAUGACGUGUUGUCAUUCACACCAGAUUAUUGAAAAAUUGAAAUGCUUAGAUCAAGUAAAUAACAUUGUAGAGACCCUAGAGUUGAGAACUGAUCUGAGGCUUCAAAUCCAAUCUGGAGUAAUAAUGAUGGGGCUUGCAAAUUUAGGAAGAAUUGAAUUGGGAUCAGAAAAGUUUAUUGCUUCAAGGAUAGAAAAAUUGCAAAACGAAUUUGGGAAAAUUACAAAACAAAAUGGCUCACUUGGGGGAGAACAACAUUUUGCAAGCUGCAGAGUUGAAUCUUAUGAGAAAAAACAGAAAGUGGAUUCUUUAAUGUACCAUGAUAUGAAUGUUUCUCAGCUGGGCACUAGCCCAAAAAUAUGGGAAAGUUCUUCAUUGCGCUGUCAGAACAGAUUAUCCAUUUUAAGUAAAGAUGCAGAUGUUAUUGUUGAAGAAAUAUUUGAAGAUGCCAACACAAUUGUGUCUGGUACUAUUGAUCAAAAUGAUCCAAAACAACUUCGACAAGUUUCAAAGAGACAGAAAAAGACUUUUCAUAAGAAAAAUGUUUCAGACACCAACUUUGGCUGUUGUGCAGGUUUUCAGGGAUUGGUUUCGGUGAGUCAUGUGAUUAGUCCAUGCCAUUUCUACAUCCAAAAGUCUUCAGAGAAAAAGAAAGCUAUUGUCUUGGCAGCAGAAGCUGACAAUCUCUCUCGUUGCAUGGAAUUGCAAAAAUCUCCGGCAGCUACACUGGAAUUUGGUGAGAGAAUUAUUGUUAAUAGCAACAUUUUUCGUGCAUGGCGCCGAGGAAUUAUCACUGAACUGAUGCUACAAGGGAAAAUUGAUAAAGCUAACAGUACGACAAAGUAUCGAAUAUCUGAUCUUUCUGCACUCCGAGUGUUCCUGUUGGACUCUGGACAUUCAGAAAUAUUUGUACUUCCAGGAACUGAUACUACUUUGAAGAAGUUGGAGGAUGGUGUGGAUAUGUACACAUUUGUCAGUGAUUUUAACCAGUAUGUAAGAAAACUGAUCCCUCACAUGAAAGGAGCACUAAAUCACAUUCCUCCAUUAGCGAUUAAAUGCUCAUUGAAGGAUAUUGUUCCAGCAAAUCUGAGCAACAGUUGGAGUGUGGAAGCCAGGAAUGAAUUUACACGAAUUGUGGAUAACAAAGCUGUACAGAUGAUAGUUUUGGGAGAGGAUGGUGACAAACUACUUGUGGAUUUGAAAAAGCCUCCGAUGGACAAGAUGGAAAGUGAUGUUCCUGUCUCAUUACGUGAUGCACUUGUAUUCUUGGAACUGGCCAGAUUUGUUAGUGAAUAUUCUGUUCCCACGCCAAAUCUGGAAAUCAACCUAUUGACUAUGCAGUAUUAUCCACCUGUAAGGCCACCUUUUUCAAAGGAGAUUGAAAUUAUGGUUACGCAUAUCAACAGUCCUUUGGAUUUCUACAUUCAGUUGAUAGAUAGUGUGGAUCUUCUCAUCCUCACAAGAAACAUGUUUGAAUUUUAUACUGGAAAAGAUGUCAAUUUGGAGAUCCUAUGCCCAUUUGUAGGACAGGCUUGUGCAGCACUCUUUGAUGAUGGAGGAUGGUACAGAUGUCAAAUUAGUGGCUUACCUGGACAGAGGGAAGUUGAUGUCAAGUACGUUGAUUAUGGCAACACAGCACGAAUACCAGUAACAAAUACAAGGAAAUUAAAAGAGGACUUUCUAACCUUGCCUAUUCAGGCUUUACAAUGCAGACUGUCUGAUGUAGAACCUAUCGACAACACAGAAGGAUGGAAUGACUGUGCAAAGGAAAGAUUUCAGCACCUUACAUUGAACAAGUGCAUGUGGUGUCGCAUAAGUUGUACGUAA